AUGAAUAAAUGUAAUAAAUUUAGGGAUUCUUUAUUGCUGUCUGUGGGAUUCGUGUGGAUUCGAUGCAAAAGAUUGGAAAAUAAUACCAUCGGAUCGAGUAUCAUGAAAGAAUUGAAUCUUCCUCAAUGUACUUUAGAUUAUGCUGGAAGAAAUUUACUUCCGGUUAUGGCUAUAGAAUCGAAAUGUGAAUGGAACGAUUGCACUCAUGAAUCAAAUAAUUUUCAAAAUUUUUUAAAUCACGUUCAAUGUCACGUUCACGUAUUGCCAAUGAGAGGAUCAUCAAAAUCUAAAAAAAUUGUUUGCGAAUGGAGAGAUUGUAAUAAAAUUUUCAACGAUUGCCAUAAGUUAAGAGAGCACGUCAGAACUCACACUCAAGAAAAAUUAGUUGGCUGCCCUGUUUGUGGGACUCAGUUUUCUAAUAAAACUAAAUUUUACGAUCACUGUAAAAGGCAGAUGAUAAACAAUGAAAAAAAAUUUAAAUGUUCUCACUGUAGGAAAAAUUUUGCGACGGAAAGAACGUUAAGGGAUCACAUAAGACUUCAUAUAAAUUUAUUUAAAUGUCCCAUGUGUGACAUGACUUGUCCUUUUCAAAGUACUUUAGCUCUGCAUAUAAGGUAUCGUCACUUGGAUCUAAAACCUUUUUUGUGUAAUUUUUGCGAACACAGGUCGAAAACGCAAAGAGAUUUAGAAAAUCAUCAAUUAACUCACUGCUCGGAAAAUUUUUGGGUGUGCGAGCAAGAGGAUUGCGAUUAUAGUUGCAGAAGCAAAAGCGUAUUAAAAGAACAUUAUGCCAAAAAUCAUUCAAAAAAUGACAUUUUUCUUUAUCACUGUCACAUAUGUUCAAAUAAAUAUAAAAGAGGAUCUCAUUUAACUGUUCACCUUAAAAAAGAACACAGUUAUAGAUGGGCUUCUGGACAUUCAAGAUUUAAGUUUUAUAUCCGCGGCGAUGACGGGAUUUAUAGACUGCAAACAGUUAGGUAUGAAAGUAUAGAAGUAACCAAAGAAAUGAUGAAAAUUAAAAAUAGCAAAUUGGAAUCUUUACCUCGUAAAAAAUAUACAUGCAUAUUUGAAACGCCCGUAAGUUUGAUUGUUAAAGAAGAUGAAGAUAAUAAUAAAUUGGAAACAACUUCACAACUUUCUAACACAAAAACAAUAACAAAUUUUACAAGAUUUGAUGAAGAAGUUAAUGAUUUUUGUAAAUUUGAAAAUAGUUUGAAAAAUUGUUUAGAAUUAACAGACAGCCCUGUUAGACAAAUUAAAAACAACAAAGAAAAAAAUUAA